CAAAAGCGUCACGUUUCUAUGCUUACUUGAUAAUUUACACACAAAUUGGUGACGUUUAAAGCAAAACAACCUCGGCGAAAUUGUUUUCGCGAACAUGUCAUAAAACAUUUUAAGUUUAAACUUUGAAGGAUUCGUUUAUACUAUGGCUGAAAGUAUCACUGACAGUGGGCAUGACACCAACUCUACCUUUAAUACAAGUGUUUCUGGCACCAUUCCACCCUCAUUGGCUGCACCCAAGAUUCCAGACAGAUUCAAGAAAGAGUCAGACUCAAUGGAAGUUUUACCACCGCUCCCUUCACACAAGUUCCGCUACUCUGUCUGGCAUGACCUACGACAGACAUGCCUCACUGGAGACCAGCUGCAUGCUCCAAGGGUCAGGGCAGGUCCCCCAGAGAAGGAGCAGUUGUUUCAUCAGAUAGAGCAGGAGGGGAUCCCCAUCCAUCAUGACUACGCCGGCCAGGAGCGGCAGCAGCAUUCACAGCAGUUUGAGAACUGGGAACAGGCAGAGGUGGUGAAUCUGAGUUACCAGGAGCUUCAAGAGGAGUACCAGAAGAGGAAUCUGAUCCGGAUCCUCAAGCGAUGUGUGUCUGCAAAACAGAUCAACCUUGCACAUAACACAUUGGAUAACAUCAAGGAUGUUUCCUUUCCUAGAUGUGAAUACAUCAACCUGAAUGACAAUUUCUUGUUUGGAUUUUGGUGUUUGCCAGAACUACCAGCAGUGAAGAGCUUGACGGCACGUAACAAUGCCAUCAAGAUCUGGAAGGGGAUUGCGGGCCUUAAGGGGACACCACUGGAGGAGCUGGAUCUCCGUGGAAACCCUAUCACCUUCACUAUCAACUAUCGCAACAUGGUUUUUUCGUACUUGCCGAAUCUGCGAGUGUUGGAUGGCAUCCCGCGUUUGUCCUCAGAUAAAGAGGUUGACAUUCCGAGUGAUCCCUCCUCAUGUGUCAUCACAUAGACAGCAGAACCAUCACUGGGAUGGGAAAGAAUGUGAACAAUCUGCAAGAAAAUCAUUGGCUAUCAAAAGUGUCCAGAUACAAAAAUAAUUACACUUUGGAUGGGAAAGCAUUGUUGCAAUCUGAAACAAAAACAUCUGCUAUAAAAAACAACAGUUUUUUCCAAUAAAACAUGUUUGCUUGGAUUUAAUAGUCAACAUAGAAGUUUUAAAAGGAUGUAAAAAAUAUGAAUAAGAAUAAAUAAGAAUAGAGAUAUAAUAUAUGGUGGCUAUAAUAUGAAGUUAUUCACUGUUAUAAACUUUGGCAAUCUAAACAUAAAAAGUUUAAGUUUUUAAUGCAAUAUUUUAUUGGUGGCAUACAUAAUAAAUGUUUGUGAAGGGCAAAUUUUGUUCUUUUUUUACAAAGUCAAUACUUUCUUUUCCGGUCUUUUGGCUUCAGAUACUUUAUAAAAAAUAAAAAUUCUUUUUGUAGAUUUACAUGGUUUUUUAUUUUCUCUCUUAAUGUUUUUGGUUUUAACGUUUACUUUUAAAACUGAUAUUUUGCCUCCAAUUGUUAAAAUAACUGUUCUUUACGUGUUAUAACUAGAUUUAAUAAAAGGAAGUAUGCACUUAAUAAUGAUUUGGUAGAUUUUAAAAUGUGUGUUUUUUGUUGGAGAAAAUCAUUUUGCUGUACACAUAGAGAUAUAGAUAUUACUAGUUAAGAGUUGAAUACAGGUCAGUCUUUUUAGCAGGACUUAGAAAACCUAAAGCACAAAUCUUGUCAAAUGCUCAGAUUUUCCUGCCAUGCAAAUAAACUUACAUUUGUUGGACACUUCACUAGUAUUCUAUUUAUCCUAUUAAUUUUGCAUUUUCUCUGUCUUCAUGCCUAAAGUAAACAAAAGAAAAUGAAUGAAAACAA